AUCAAAGAGCCACCAAUUGUCAGCCGGCAGAACCGCCUCCAACUUGCUAGCAAUUGGGGUGAUAACCGAUUCCGCACAUUCCGAACGACAUAUUUACGAUCGACUGAUCUUUUGCUCGUCCAAGAUGUCGCUUUCUAACAUUGUCGCCCGCACCUUCGAGGUGCCGUGGGUAAAGCGAAUGGCAAUGCCGUUGGCCCAGUGGUACACCAAUGCCGCCGGAUACAGACAGAUGGGACUCAGAUAUGACGAUCUGAUCCCCGAAGAGAACGAUGUUGUCCAGCAGGCCCUCAAGAGACUUCCUCCCAAGGAGGCUUAUGACCGUAUCUACCGCCUCCGACGAGCAUUCCAACUCUCAUUGCAGCAGCAGAUUCUGCCAGUGAGCGAGCACACCAAGCCGCAGGAGGAUGUCCGCUACCUCCGCCCUCUCAUUGAAGAGGUUGAGCGCGAGCAAAAGGAGCGUGAGGAUUUGGAUGCCAUGGUUAUCAAGAGAUAGAUGCUACUUGUGUGGUACCUACAAUGAGACCAAGCCAGCCAUGACUCAAACACGGGCACAGUGUGUUCACUGACACCCAAUUAGAGGAGCAGAUGUGUUAAGGAAGAAGUUUUUCUGGCUGUCCCAGUGGGAGGGUGACGCAGUGAUGUGUUAUUAGAAUGGAAAUAUCCUUGAAUUGUACAGAUAUUGUCGUUUAGAUUCCAUGGCGGAGGAGUCGCUAGACGGAAUAAAACUCCUAUUAUUCAGUUUCCUGGCAC